AUGAAGGCGGCUUGCAUGGCUCUCAGGGUUGAGGGUGGUAAGCAGGUGAUUAGGGAUCAGACUGCCACCAGGAAAUUCAGGUCUGGCGAACCGAGUACCCUUUUGGAGCAUACUCAGGCAAUGCAUGUAGAUGUGAAGUCUUUCCUAGAGACUGAUUUUGCCUGCUACCUCCACCUUGGUGAGCUUGACAUGGAGGGUUUCCGUCAGCUGUGCAACUAUCCGAACGUCGAAGGAAAACAUCUUGAGGCCGACACUUAUGGGGCUCGGCCUUCUUCCACUCCUCCCAUUAUGUGA